AUGAAGCUAUCGCUGCUCUUGAUCGGUGCUGCUGCCUCCACCAGCGUCGUCGCUUCGGGGAGGCAGCCAAUCAGCCCCCGAGGGUCAUACCAGCCCUGGUGGAAGCAGACGUCGCCACCGCCCGGCUCCUAUCCCGGCGCGGGCGCCGGCUCCUCCAGGCCCUCCCGAGGUUUCGAGAGCUGCCCGACGUGGCAGUUCGGCGCGCCGCCCGUCCAGCUCGCGCCGACAGGCGACGGGCACUGCUGCCUUCCGGGCAGAGACAAGGACUCGCUCAACUGCUGCCGGACCUUUCUCACGCCGAUGCUGAGCGGCUGGUGGGAGCUCAGCUGCGACAACGAGAUGUGGUACACGGUCGAGAAGUACAAACGCUUUCGUGGCUGCAACACCGGGACGAUCAAGCCCAGAGUUUGCGCGCGCAAGGGCAUCAUCUUGGACGCCAAGCUCGUGAGCAAAUACAAGCCGCGGCGUCCGGAGAAUUUGAACCCGGAUCCCCGGCGGGAGAGAAAAGACUCUGAAGACACCCCGUUCGACCAAAACGUCGAGGGGAUGGGCCAUCGCACGAAAGCGUACGAAGCCGUCGUCAAGGCUGACCAAGGCUUGAGGAAGAAGCCCAGUCGCAGUUACAAAACACCCGACAGUUCUCGUUUGGGUCCACGGAACAAUAUUAACCCCGACCCCGAGCCGCUCGCUUCGCAAAGCCAUAAAGUAUAG